AUGUCCCCGGCAACAUCACCCGUUUCGAAACCCUCCAUUCCACCCUCCCCCCCUCCCUCUUGCCCCAUCGCCCUCCCAACCCGCUACCGGCACCACCAAGACCGGCCCAACGAUGUAGUUGCGAUCACCAUCUCGAAAUCGAGCCCACCCAGCCGUACCUACGACUCCACCGGCUCCUCCAGCUUCCUCUUCCCCACACGGUCCGCCGAAGGAAGCCCACAGCGUCGCUCCUGCGAAUGGCGUCGCAAGCGGAGCGAAGACGCUACCAGCAGCACAUCCAGCCUCGCCGCAACCAAGCAACUCGAGAUCUCGGCGCCGUACGACCCGAAGCGGGGCUCGCGGCCGCUGACGAGAAACCGUCACUUCUCGCCUCCAGCCACGAGGCCAGUCAAGCCGGAGCGUCAAGUCGUGGUAGUGAAACCAGGAGGGGUCGGGCUUGACACUGACGGCAGCAAAGUAGAAGAGGGGACCCCGACAGAGACGGCGGACGCGGACUGCCGCCAUCGCACCGAGAAGCGAGGCCGCGGCAGUAUUAGUGGCGGUAGUACCGGCAUCAGCCGAGUGCGGAGCGAGGGCUGCUCGCCGCACUCAGGAGAGCCAGAGCGGAAGCCAAGCAUCUAUCGCGCAAAGAAAGGGCUCAUUAUCGGUGAGCGGCGGCGCAGCUCAGGCCUGUCUGCUGUGUGGCUAGCGAAGAGCCGGGAGCAGGGCCACUGGGAUCGACGCAGGGGCGACGUCCUCCACGGAGACAUGAGCGACAUCGCCACGGUGAAAACAAAAACGCAGCUCCCGCUGCCUACUUCGCCGCCAGGACACGGCCCGAUACUAAACGAGCCGCUGCACAGUCCUCGCUGCAAGAGCCCGCUGUGUGCGCCGACGGCCGCGGCGCGUGAGGCAGGGCGAGCCGCCGAGGCCGACAAGAUAUCCGCUAGGAAUAGACGGAAGAAAGAUUCCAAGGUCUCGUUGCCGCUGGUUAUGAGAUCUAAAUCCUCGCUGCCGCCGCCGUCGCUGUCACCGACGACGGUACAACCGGACGACGCUCCCAAGCCUAUUGAAGUGUCUAAUUCACCGGACGCGGCAAGGCGUUUGCAUGAGAAACCGGCUCCUGGUGGUUCUUAUGGCAUGUGUACGAACGGAAUGGGGUUUCCAUUCGGGACGACGGAGGAGUCGUCGCGAGGGCGGAAUCUUGGGAGCCCGGUACCGGAAGAGAAAAGGAGGGUUGCAUUUAUGAACGGCCUGACUCCUCCCUUGAAGAGGUCGUCACGAAUGGAAGAGAUCCUGCGGCGUGCUAGUCCGGAGCCCGAGAGCCGAUCGGGGCCGGGAGUUAAUGAAGUUAAUGCAAGUGGCAUUGGCAGUACAAGGCCGGCACAGGUGGACCGUAAGAACAGCGGAGGGAUCUCAUGGCUGACGAAUUUCCUCCUAAAUCCGUUUGGUGGGAAGCGAAGCGACAGCAGUGACGAAGGAUCUGCAUGUAGUACUGUCCUUGCUAGUGGAGAACACGGUACGAGCGAGGACGAUACUCCGAAACGUAAGUCCUCAGUGCCGCAAUAUUUACCACGAUGUGGUUUCCAAAGCGAGGAGCCAGGCCACAUGCCUGCUAGGCGGAGUAGUAUGCCUGCGCGAAAGGCAUCCAUGUUCGGAUCGCACUCUCAAACACCUCCCGAACUGACUCGACGAAAGAGCAGCGCCUACGUUCCCACAAGGCGAUCAUCUGCAAUGCGUCCUGUCCUCAGCUCGUGCCAAGAGGACUUUACCGAAGCUCAAGCUAAGAGACUAUCGGAGCUCCGAGGAUUGGGUCUCGAUGAGGCGGAUGCGAGGCGUUGCUUAGAGGAAGAGCUGCGCAAAUCAUCGAGCGGCGUUAAGCCGUUUGGCCACGUUACAAUGCCUACGGAAAUCCAGGCGCGGAGACGAACUCCUUGGCCCGGAGCGGAAGAGUUCGCGAGGAUACACCACGCGCAUGGUCUCGAUGCUGCUUUGAUCCCUUAG